GAGAUCUAAAGGAAAUGGGGAAGGGAGCCUGUGUACCAGAAGUGGGAGCUGUUGCAGGGGAAGGGACAGUAAGUGCAAAGGCCCUGAGGUUGCAGAAUGUUUGGCCAGUGAAGGGGAAGUGCAAGGAGGCUCCUCACGUACGUAGCUGAAGUGGGAUCAUUCUCAACUCCAUGCACCGCUACCAGCCCCGCUUCCACGUGGUCUUCGUGGACCCUCGCAAGGACAGCGAGCGCUACGCGCAGGAGAACUUCAAGUCUUUCAUCUUCACGGAGACCCAGUUCACGGCCGUCACAGCCUAUCAGAACCACCGGAUCACCCAGCUGAAGAUCGCCAGCAACCCUUUUGCCAAGGGCUUCAGGGAGACCGACUCGGACUCCUGGACUGUAUCUUCCCGAACCCUGCUCAGCAUUCCGGCCCGGAGUCCCAGCAGCCUCAGCUCCUGCCUGCUGACAGGCCCCGCAGAGCAGGAGAAAGACCCCAACAAAGCUCCGGCCUCUAACUCCAGGACAUCUGCCCGGCUGCACCAUCAGCUGCUGCCCCCCCCUGAGGCUCUGCUGCCUCCAGCCACCUACCAGCCCCUCAACUACCACGGCCUGUACCCUGGAGCCCCAAGUCCCCUCAGAAUCCCUAAGGCGCGACCAGCACCAUACCCCCUGCCCAAUAUCCAGGCCGGCAGAGAUCAGGACGGCCUGCCCCUCCCAGCUAGGCUGGGGCUCCUGUCCCCCACUGCCAUGCACUUAGGGCCUGUCCAGGACCCUUAGUGAUGGUGAGGGCCCUGUGGACAGACUCCUCUUGCCCUGAACAUUACUCCCUCCAGCCUUGCCUCUGCAGAGGCCCUGUCCCCUCCCAAGGAGAGCAGGGCAGGUGGAAGCCCAAAGAGGAAGGCUACCUGCCCAGAGCACAGCAAAGCAGAGAAAGUUCCAGGAUUGGAACCAGCUCCCCGCCCCUCCCCAGAAGCUGUCCUCUUCUACCUUGAGGGGUGACUCCUCCAAGCCCUACUUUACAUUAAACCAUUUGGCAUGAGUA